GGCGGGCCACCGAGGCGGGAGCGGAUCGUGGGCUUGGAGCUGCGCUAGCAGGGGUGGCCUCCGCCGCGCGUUUCCAAAGAUGGUCAGAGGGUCGGGAGGCGCCCCCACCCGCGCCGGCUGCUAGUCCCCGGGCUGCGUCCCACGCCGCCAGCGAGCCAUGGCUCUAAAAGGACAAGAAGAUUACAUUUAUCUUUUCAAGGAUUCAUCGCAUCCAGUGGAUUUUCUGGAUGCAUUCAGAACAUUUUACAUGGAUGGAUUAUUUACUGAUAUUACCCUUCAGUGCCCUUCGGGCAUUAUCUUCCAUUGUCACCGAGCGGUUUUAGCUGCCUGCAGCAAUUACUUUAAGGCAAUGUUCACAGCUGACAUGAAAGAAAAAUUUAAAAGUAAAAUAAAACUGCCCGGCAUCCACCACGAUAUUUUGGAGGGCCUUGUGAAUUAUGCAUAUACUUCCCAAAUUGAAAUAACUAAAAGAAACGUACAAAGCCUUCUGGAGGCAGCCGAUCUGCUGCAGUUUCUGUCCGUGAAGAAGGCUUGUGAGCAGUUUUUGGUCAGGCACCUGGAUAUUGACAACUGUAUUGGGAUGCACUCCUUUGCGGAAUUUCAUGUGUGUUCAGAGCUAGAGAAGGAAUCUCGAAGAAUUCUGUGCUCGAGGUUUAAGGAAGUAUGGCAGCAAGAAGAAUUUCUUGAAAUCAGCCUCGAAAAGUUUCUCUUUAUCUUGUCCAGGAAGAAUCUCAGUGUCUGGAAGGAAGAAGCUAUCCUAGAGCCAGUCAUUAAGUGGACUGCUCACGACGUGGAGAAUCGGGUUGAAUGCCUGUACAACCUACUAAGCUACGUCAGCAUAGACAUAGACCCCGUGUACUUAAAGACGGCCUUAGGCCUUCAGAGAAGCUGCCUGUUGACAGAAAAUAAGAUACGUUCCCUAAUAUACAAUGCCUUGAAUCCCAUGCAUAAGGAGAUUUCUCAGAGGUCCACAGCCACCAUGUACAUCAUUGGAGGCUAUUACUGGCAUCCCUUAUCCGAGGUCCACAUUUGGGAUCCUUUGACAAACGUUUGGAUUCAGGGAGCAGAAAUACCAGAUUAUACCAGGGAGAGUUAUGGUGUUACAUGCUUAGGGCCCAACAUCUAUGUAACCGGAGGGUAUAGGACAGAUAACAUAGACGCUCUUGAUACCGUGUGGAUCUAUAACAGUGAAGGCGAUGAGUGGACGGAAGGCUUGCCAAUGCUCAACGCCAGGUAUUACCACUGUGCGGUCACCUUGGGGGGCUGCGUGUAUGCUCUGGGUGGCUACCGGAAAGGUGCUCCUGCCGAAGAGGCGGAGUUCUACGAUCCGCUGAAAGAGAAGUGGCUUCCUAUCGCAAACAUGAUUAAAGGUGUGGGAAACGCCACUGCCUGUGUCCUACAUGAAGUUAUCUACGUCAUCGGCGGCCACUGUGGCUACAGAGGAAGCUGCACCUACGAUAAGGUGCAGAGUUACAAUUCAGACAUCAACGAAUGGAGCCUUAUCACCGCUAGCCCACAUCCAGAAUAUGGACUGUGCUCAGUUCCAUUUGAAAACAAGCUCUACUUAGUCGGGGGACAGACUACAAUCACGGAAUGCUAUGACCCGGAACGGAACGAGUGGAGAGAGACGGCGCCCAUGAUGGAACGGAGGAUGGAGUGUGGGGCUGUUGCCAUGAACGGGCACAUCUAUGUAACCGGAGGGUACUCCUACUCAAAGGGGACGUAUCUCCAGAGCAUCGAGAAAUACGACCCAGAUCUCAACAAGUGGGAAAUAGUGGGCAACCUCCCAAGUGCCAUGCGGUCUCAUGGAUGCGUUUGCGUGUAUAAUGUCUGACUGAGUCCACAGGACUAACCAGGUCAUCACUCGGGGUGCAGUAAUAAGA